UAGAGGGCUGCGCUGCGGGCUCGGGCUGCAGUCAGGGCGAUGGUCGCGGUGGCGCGCCAGCAGCCGGAGCUUGACGCCCGCCGGGGGCAGUGGGCGCCCAAGCAGCUCCUUGGAUGCGCUGCCCGGGCGGGGACCCCGGGUCCGGGCCUGGCGCGGAAGCAAGACGGGUGUUCCAGGGGCCGCGAUGGAGGAGAAUCCAGGGGGAGUUCUGAAGACGCGUUGUGUAGGCGGGAGGAUGGUAAUGGUCCCGGAUGGCUAGUUGAAAACAAAAUAGAAAUGGAACCAAAGAUGGAAGCAAUAAGGAAAAACAUAAAGGGAUUAUUUUUGGUGGAGCAAAAUUGUCUGAAAAAAUUUACCAUUCCUAAAAAAACUCCUGAUAAAGAUUUUUUAACAGAGUGCUCCACUAAUCAGAGGGACUAUAAUGAGAUUAAACAACGUCUGAAUGAAAAUUGUCUUGAUAUACAGUGCAGUUUGGAAUCUUUAUGGCAAUUUCAUAAAAUAGAGAUGGUUCAUAAUAAAGAUUUGGAAGAAGAAUUCAUUGCAAAAAGGACUAAGUUACGUGAAGAAGGAAAGCAAGAUAAAGAAUUCUCUAGCUUUUUAGUUGUCUCUAGAGAUGAAGUGCUACAAAUUUGUCAGAAUGGCCUGGGUACUGGUCAUUCCAAAAGAGAACUAAAUAUCAUGAAAGAACUAGGAAAUCCUCAACUUGGAGUUUAUUUGUUCCGAUAUGUUGAUAUUGCUUUGAAUUAUGCAUCCAAGCAUUCAGUUCCAGUAGAAAAUAUAAUUAUUUUCAGGGUUCUUUUAGGAAGAGUUAAAAAAAUCCAACCACCUAAAGGCCAAAAGAAAGUUGUAUUGGAUCCAACUCCAAAGUUUGAUUGCCAUAUGUCUAGAGUUCAUCCUUCACUGAAGGAUUCCUUGGAGGAUCAGGCUGUUGGUUCUUUGAUAUAUUUUUAUGAAUAUAAUGAACUUUCAAAACCUGUAGAUAAGCCUAGGCAAUGUCUUCCAUAUGCUGUAAUACAUGUAAAAUCUGUUAAUCAGAAGAGAGAGGCUGAUUCCUUUGUAACAUCUUUGAAGUGUAGACUUAAAAGGUUACCCAAGCAUACAGGAAGAGUUGUCCCAUUGGAAAACUGUACACGGGUGACAAGGAUAGGUAAAAGCCAACUCAUCUACGAACAUUUCAGAAAACCAUUAGAAAUGUGUGUAUCUGCAGAAGUUUCUUCUUUUUCUAGAAGCAAGCAGAGCUGGAAUGAUUCUGAAAACAAAAUUCAUUCCAAAAAAAAGAAAUGCAAGCCAGCUAGAAGAUGGGAUUCAACACAAAUGGAAACAAAUAUUCAGUGUAAAUCUGGUGUGGAAGCCAGCAAAGGUAUCAGAGGUGAACAUGUGGGAGAUGAUAAGAAAAAUAGUUUAAAAAUAAAUCCGGAAGAUUCUUCUGACUGUGAAGCUGGUUCAAGUACUUUAACUACUUCAAGACUGAUUAAAGAUCCAAGAUUAACAAGAAGAGAACAGAAUGUGGUGAAGCAAAAUGAAGAACUUAUUAUGAAACCACCUUUCCAUGAUGAUAUCAAUAUAAGCACAUGCAAACCAAGUCCUAAAAAUAUAACAUUUAGCAAAGACAAGAAACAUAAUGGAGGAGAAAUGGAUAGCCAGUUUCAAGAGGAUUAUAUUUCUCCUUCUGAAAUAGAGCAUUCCACUCAUCUCGAUACCAGAUGUGCUACAAACAGUUGUACUUCAUCAAAGGCAGAACAUUGUGGUAAUAUUUUUCAACCUGCAUGCUUUAAAAAAAUGUAUGUUUCUGAAAAUAACUAUGUCUAUGAAUGGUCCUCAGAUGAAAUCACAUCAGAGAAUUUUGAACAAAAUAAGCUUCAAGCAGUGAAAAAUUUAAAUCUAAAAUCUAAAAACUCCCACAUGGCUGAAACCCAUAAAAAAGAUAAACAAAUAUAUUCAGCAUCUGAAAAAGCAAAUAACUCCCCAGAUAAAGAUUAUACAAUAAACAAAAUCAAAGAAAAAUCUUCUAAAAGGAUUAGCAAUAUAGAGAGCAUCAGAUAUCAUCCUUGUGAUACCUGUAUAACGGACACUGUUAUAAGAGACCUUAGUGAAAAAAGUAUGUGUCUUUCCAAGCCAGAAUGGUUGGACAAAAAUCAUUUUGAGGAUAGCAGAACAUGUAUUUCCUUGGGGUUAUUUACUGAUGAACAAAAAAACCGUGAAACAAACAGCACAGAAGACACACAUUUUAAUGAGAUACGUGUAAACCAAUUAGAGGAGGAGGUUCCAUGUGGGAAAAAAGCCAAAAAGUAUAACUCUGCAACAGAAACUGCAUUUAAAAAUACAGCAGAAAACUCAUCAAGAAAAAAACAAGAACCUGUCAAGACGGACUUGAAAAAACCUGUAGAUGAUAUAAACAAUUGUAUAGAAACAUCAGAAAAUUCAGAUGCUUUAGAUUUAGAAAACACAGAUUUUGUUUUCAACGUGAGUUUUCAAAGAAGCUCAUUAACAGAAACAGAACGGAUGAACAGAGAACAUUGCAAAGAGAAGUUGGAAGAACUGCACGACCGAGCAUUGCUUACUAAAAGUAUCGACUUGACAGGUCAGGAGACAGUAAACCCCAGAAUGUUACUCACAUCGGUUCCUAUAUCUUUGGGGAAUAUGGGGGACACAGAAGGCAACAAACAGUCUGAAAAUACAGCUUCUUCAAAUGCCGGUUCUGAAGGGUUGAACAAGAACUUGUUUUGUAGACAAGUUCCUGAAAUACACGAGCAAGAUUUAGAGAUAAAAUGUGACUAUGUAAACAUCCACAGCUUAGACAUUUCUAGUGAGAUUGAAAAUGUACUAGAGGAGUAUAAGAAAUGUCUCUCGGUGUGGCACAAGCCACAUAAUCAUGGAAAUAUUAGUAAAGAGAAUGGCUAUCGUUAUUUACAAGAACGUUUAGAUUGGGGUAAUCUGGUUGGAAAACCUAGCUUGCAUGUAAAUCUUUCAGAAAGUCCAACUUUGAAGGAGGAUGAAGAUAAGUCUUUAUAUAGGGAGAAAUCUGGUGAGGAAGAAGGAACUGAGUUACUUAAUACAUGUUCAUGCCCUGAUUUACAAAUUACAAUAACCAAUAUAUUUCAAUCAAAAUUAGAGACUGAAAUGGAAAAAUGUUCAACUAAAUAUUCAGCACCAAAAAAGCGUAUUAAGUGGUCACAAGGGAAAAAAAAGAAAAAACACACAAAGGGGCAGCAAAAUUCCAAGCUGUUUCGCAAAAAGAAAGAACUCAACAUAUGUUCUUCAACCCAGAUGUUUUCUUCAUUAUCCAAGGGACAGUUUAAAAAAACUGAACAGUCCAAAAAAUAUAUUAAGAAUAUUCUGAAUGCACUUAACAACACCGAAGCAUUGCUAUGCAAAAACAAACAUCCUUCUCAAAAAAUAAUUGGUGCAAUGUUUCACCUAAGAAAAGCUCUGAAGAGUGUUCAGUGUUUAAAAACGGUGACAAAAGCUGGAAGAAAAACUCCAGGUGGCGCAUUAUCGAAAGCAAAGAAAGGCUUACAGGAUGGAACCUUCGUGCUAGAUUCUUCUGAAACAUCUGAUUGCAGUAUCAAUAUAUCUUGUAGCAGUGAUUGUGCAAAAAAUAAAGCAGUAACAGUCUCUGAAAAAAAUGCCAGCUUAGAUACUACAGAUAUUAAAAGCAUGGAGCCAGUUAGUGGUGAGCCUAUCAUGUGCGACAAAAAGAGGUUUGCUGUGGAAGGCUUUUUUAGAAAUGUGACACAAGAAAAAAAUGAAGAGAGUGUAAUUGCAGCCAUGGAAAACAUCAAACAGACUUUGAGUUCUGAUACUAAUAGCUGUAGAAGCAAAACAAAUGAAAAUGAAUUUAACUCUUCUAUGAAAAGAAAGGAAUUAACUGUCUGUCAAAGAAGCCAAACAAAUGGUGAUGAAACUGUUAAGUCUAAUGUAAAGAUUAGUACUGCUAAAAUUGCUACACCAGUUCAACCAACUUUUGAAUCUGCUGCAAAAGUAAAUGUAUUCAGGUCAGAUGAUAUUUCUGGGCCAAAUCCCAAUUUCACUGCGCUGAAAAAAACAAGUAAUGACAAAGCUCUGGAACUAUCUGCAUUACAGGAGGAAAACAUGAUUCUGAGUGCUGGAAGGUGUCAUGCUUCAUCGGCAUGUUGGUCUUUAACAGAAGACAGCCUUAAUGCCAAAACCUCUGUGGUUCAGUUAACUCCAGAAAUGCAUAGCAACAGGUCAUUGUCUUUAAAAACAAAGUCAAAUGAUUCAUCAAAUAAAAAUGUAGGUAUAAAUUGCUCUGAAACCCCAGCAGGAUCUUUCAGUAGACAGAAGCAAAAAGUAGAUUCUCAUUGUAAAAAGGAUUAUUUAAAAUCAAAACUUAAUACAUUUAGUCAAACAGCCGAACAGGAAAUAUAUACUGCAGAGAACAGGCAUUGUAAAUCAUUGGGCAAAUCGGUGAAACAUCCAGGAAAUAAUACUAAGACAUCAUCUAGUGGUGAUCUGCCAUCUCCUACAUCCUUGGUAGAUAAUAACUUGUGCCAAUCAUCUCAUCAUUGUAUAUUACAGAAACUUGAAGAGGAAAAUAUAGAGGAAACAGAAAUACCAGAAACCAAGACUGAUUCUGCAGCUAAAAGACUAGAUAUAAUCCAUGACAUUCCUGUGAAGUCAUUAAAUAACCUGGAUUUAAGGCAGGAAAACAUGAAACAAGUAAACCGUGUCAUACUUGGAGAAUCCACAUGCAGACAGACUUCCUUAGACAGUGCUGAUAACUGUAAUCAGCUUCAUUUUAAUUCUCUACUAACAGCAGUUUCAGAACAGGAUCUUGAAACCAUUACUGCAACAACUAUUUUACUUCCUCCCUAUAAAACAAACCAACUUCUGACUAGCACUGAGACCAAGCAAAAUGGAAGCUAUUUUUCACAUACCUCUUCUAACCACUGCAGCAAUCUCGGCAAUAACAUCCAACUUUCAAAAGUAAGAAUUGGUCUAAAUUCCCAUGAUUUUGACCUUAAAGUAUCUGAAAUCUUACAAAAGGCAGAUAAAACUUCAUCUCUGAAUGUACUGCAUGAACAGAUUUCAUGUUGCAAAAGUGUUCUUCCUUUGUUCGUUAGGGCUUUUGAAAGAAAGCAAGGUUGUUCUUUUGAGUAUGUUCUGAUUUCUAGGGAAAUACUUGGGAGCACUAAAAGAAAUACACAGGCAAGUCAGAAAUUAAAACCUUGUGCUAUAGAAGCACUAGUUGAGCUGCAAAUUAUAAUGGAAACAAUGGAGUUUAUUGAGAAUAAGAAAAGAUUUUUAAAAGGUGAGCCAACUUUCCGAAGUUUGCUUUGGUAUGAUGAUUCACUGUAUAGUGAACUGUUUGGUGGGCAUUCAGGUUAUCAACAGCAAUCAAAUUUCUAUCCUGCUUUUCAGAGGAGAUUAAAAUACAGUGCCGUUAAUGAAUUACAGAUCUACUAUAAGGAGUUAGUGGAAGCUUUUGAGAACACUAUAUCUGAGAAUAAUUCUUAUUAUUCUUUGUUGAAAUUAAGGCGAGAAAUAGAGGAAUGUGAAUCAGUAAUGAAACAGAUUUCCAAUUUAUCUGAUUUUUUUUUAUCCGUGCCCUUUAUUUGUGGAGCUAACUUUGGAGAUUCUAUAGAAGACCUAGAAAAUUCAAGAAAAAGUACAAUGGAUCUAAUAAAUGUAUCUAAAAGUCUUCCAGGCAUGAAUUUGAGUGCUGAAAAAGAUCAUCAUCUCUGGAUUAUUAUGGAGAUUAUUGGUAAAAAAAUUGAAUUUGUAAAGACAUGUACCAAUGAAGAGUUUAAUCUUAAAACUUCACUAUUUGGUCUGGAGCAUAUAUUUUUUGAUGCUGCUAAAAAUCUUGUUUGGCAAGAAAGAAAUACAUUUUUAAAUAGCAGUUCAAAAGAUGGGAAAGAAGUGCUCCAAAUAAAUGAAAUUGCUAUGACUAAGCUCUAUGAGAUUUAUGAGCAUAUGAUAGAAGAUUCUGGAUGUGGAAAUAAUAAUAAUGUAACUUUUGGAGGACAUACCAAGAAAUGUACAGGAGACUCUUGUAUCUGUGAAGAAGCAGGCUCACAACACAAUACAAAUUGUUUCAUUGGAAACUCUCUAACUUUGCAACAAGAUAGUUGUUGUAUAAGUGAAAUCUUGGAUGAAGCACAGUCUGCAGAUAUUGAAAGGCUGCAACAGCUCAUAGGCAGAUGUACAGUGCACACUGAAAUGCUGAAGAAGUAUUUUCAGAUUUUACAGGAGGAGGAUGUAACUAUACUGAUAACCCAAGAAAAUGUGUUGGAUUUCAUGAAGAAUGGAGGAAUAAAUCCUGUCAUUCUGAAGCCAGAAGCCAUUGAAGUGUAUACUGAAUUGGCAAUGAUAUAUGAAACUAUUUUUUUCCUUAAAAACUCAAUAGCAAAACAAGUGGAUAAACCACAGUUUCGUAGUUUACUAUGGUUUGAUUUAUCACUUCUGCCUGAACUUUUUCGAUGCCAAGAAAAAAUGGCUUCCCUGUCUUAUCGGAAAGAUAAGCUUUUAAAAACAGUAGAGUCUUCCAUCUCUGAACUUCAGGAUGAGUUGAAUGUUAUUUAUGACUAUGCAGAAAACUUAAAUUGUUCAUACGCACUUCACCUUCUCACAAGAGAGCUUGCAGAACUUUCAGAAACAAGAAAACUGUUAGGAACAUCCAAAUCCCCUGUCUCCAUGUGUGUUGACUUAGCACCCUACACUAUAAGUUUAAAUUAUGGAAGUACAGUUUCUGAAUUAGACUCUAACUAUAACCAGUUUUCUUCACUUCUUGAGAAAUUGAUGUUGGCUGAAAAGAAAGAUUUAGGAAAAAUGGCUCACAUUAUGAAGGUGAUGAAAACCAUUGAGCACAUGAAGUUUAUCUGUUCUGAACAGGGAAAAUCGCCUCUUCCUGUGGUUAUACAUCAGAUGCUUAAAAACUGGAGAAAAGCUUGUCAGUUGAAACGGCAACUUAUGGAAACGCAGCUGGAUCACAGUAAAACACUUCAGGCUUCCCAAAUUCUACACAAAAGGCCAUUUAAUGUAGCUUUAGAAGACAAGCCCUGUUCAUCAGAAGAAAAAAUUGAUCUCUCACAUAACAAAAAGAAAAAGGUAGCUGCUUCAUUGCUGACAACUACCAAGAUAGAUGAAAAAGAAACCAGCAGAAAUUUGAGAAACAGUGGAAAAUGUAAUUCCUCAGAAGGUGAAGAACUACAGUUAAAAAUUCCACCAGAUACCCAGAAUAGAAACAUUAGGAAUUUGAGAAAAAGAACACCAGUCACAUUUUCAGAAUUAAAAGCUGCUUAUCCCUAUGAAUGUAUUUAUACUUCAUCAGAUGCCUCAGAACUCAGAUUCAAUAAUGCAGAUGCAUUAGCAAGUCAGCAAAACCUGCAAGAUCUAAACAAUGUCAAAGAGGGCAGAAAGAGUAGUCAGAAUGCAAAGGAACAUGACAAAUAUUUUUCAUACCAUGGUGACAUAAAUAAAUGCAUGUCUGUAUCUCCAAUGAAAGUUCAGAGAUCUCCUGAAGAAGCUAUUAGCUCAGUGGAAAAAUUAGGUGAAGGUAAUUCUCUAGUGACCACAAAAAAGGCACAACGUGAUUUAAAAUCAGAUGUUCUUCAGAAUGAUUCAGAUGUACAGUCUGAAUACAGCAUAGGCAUCAGUUUAUCCUCAGGCAAUAGCAGAAAUGGUGAAAAUUCUGAAAUUCCCAACUACCCACCCACAGAUAAUUCAGAAUCCUCAGUUAUGACAGAAUUAAGUAAGUCCAUGGAACUGCAGAGUUUCCACUCUGAACCCUCUUGCAGUGACAAUAUCCAAAAUUCUGGUGAGUGUUCUGCUAUUAGUGAAAAUGAAUAUUUUGAGGGAACUUCUAUGCACAUUUACAGGACUGUCUAUCCUUACUACUCUUGGUACUUCUAUCAAACUGGUAGUAAUUCCCACUUAGUAACCCAGACUUAUCAAGAAUUAAAUUCCUAUGAAAUACAUCCACUAAAUCCUGCAGUAUCUGCAACUGUGGUGAAUAGUGCAUACUCCAGUAGGUUUCACGCGCAGACUAUUAGUCACUUUGAUGUUAGAGAAUCACAGAGUUUUAACAUCGCACAGGCCUAUCCAGUACAUGGGUAUUUCAGUUCCGUAGCGGCUUAUCCAUACACUUACCAGCAGCAGCCCACAUGGUAUGCAGAACAUUGGCCUUUGUCACAUGCUGUUUUUCCAUAUCCUUCCAAUAUUGGCUUGUGAAACAAUGGCCCUUCAGUGUUUCUGCUGUUUUGUUUUUUUAGUGACAGUUACUGGUUCUUAGCAUCUUUCUGUCUGACAAAGAUAGAAUCCAGUAGGAUUUAGUUAUGACACCGUGAUGGUGGAUUGGUUUAGAGCUUUUCAGGUUUCUUCUUGUGUUUGUUUAUUUAAAAUCUGAUGUAAUAAAUCAGCCCUGAACUGCCAUACUAUGAAAGAGAGAAAUGUCAUUAUUUUAUGAGUCAAAUUGCAAAUGUUCUUUAAGUUGUUUUACUAAAAUAUUAGCCAUAAGAUGAGCAGAUGAGCAUAUACUCUUGAAAUGAAGGCAGAACCCAGCACUAGGUUAGAGAGUCUAAGCCAUUUCUCUCUGCCUGCUUUGCAUUGAAAUGCUUACAGAAUCCUUGAAGAAUUUUGUGUAAUGUAAAAGGUAAGGUGGAAAUUGCCACUGUACUUGAAAAGGCAAAAAACAAAAAAGGAUUUUUGUAAUAGCUGAACUUUAGAAGAGGUAGACAUAGAAUCACACAUAGCAUGAUUCUCCUAUUGUAGACCAUGUGUAUUGUUUCACUACUGUACAGCAGAGGAAAGGUUUAUGUUAUUACAAUGAGAAUAAAAACCAUCACAUAAAGUCUAUAUUUUUGCUUUAUUUUCAAAGGCUUAAUAGUGGUCAUCUUUUUGUCCUGAGUCAAAUCUUUUUCAUGACCUUUCUGUCCAAUGUUUUGAAUACUUUAUUAAAAUAUUUACUUAGAUCUUUGAUGAUAAGACUGCUGCUUAUUAUUUCAGAUAAGACUGCUAUUGAAAACUUCAGAGAAAGUCAAACCUGUGAACAUUUCAGAACCACAUGACACAGGUAGUCCUUGGGUUACCACGGCAAUUGGGACCAGAAUUGCCAUCACUAAGCAACACAGUCAUAAAGGACAAUAUCACACAACCAUACCACUUAGUAACAGCAGUUCAUUAAGCGAGGACCACACUGGUUGUUAAGUGAGGACCUCACAUGACCACAACUUCCAACUUCUG